CAGCCUCUUCUGCGCGGCUCGGCCUUCGUGGUCGUCGCUGACGAUGAGGAUGAUGUGGUUCCACCUGAACUCCCGCAUGAGGUCAAACCAGACGUUGGCCUGGUGCGAGUAUGGCGGCACCGUCCUCAGGAAGGACAGGUGGAUGCUCUGAGGGACACAAGGCGGUCACGUGAGCGCCGUGCGUGCGGACGCCAGAUGGCGGAGGGGCGGCACCUUGUCGGAGUAGAUGGACAUGCGCGUGGUCAGGCCCACCACGGGGAUGCGGUAGAAGCCCGCCGUGUAGGAGACGGGCGUGGGCGUCAGGUGGUCGUUGGACUGCGGCGGGUGGCUCACCAAGAUGGCGUACACCUGCAGCAGGAGAACACGCCAUCUUUGAUGUGCGCGUGCGUGUGUUUAAUCCGGGUGCGGAUUAACGGCGUGUUAAUCUGACGGACGCCAUGUCGGGGGAUGAUUUGCGGGAUGAGGUCACCUGGUUGUAGAUGAGAUCCUCGCAGACGGACAGCGCCAUCUGGAUGGCGUUGGGCUUGUGCGUGACAGAGAUGGCGUUCAUCUUGAACUUGUCGCGGCCGUAGAGGGCGUUGGCGUGGCUGACGGCCUCCUUGAAGACCUGCUCGUAGCGCUUCUGGCUCAGCACGGCGCCCACGUUGACCAGCCGCGGCUCGCAGCCGCACAACGCCACGGAGCUGCAGUGGAGCACCGCCAGGAGCAGCGCGGCGCGCACCUCCACUGGGGGGCGCCACAGGUACGCGGUUAGUGUCUGUGACGUCAUCAUGCGCGCCUAGUGACGUCACGAGCGGCAGCGGGGUGCGGACAGUAAAAGCUGCGACUUACUCGUUCAGAAGCUGCUUUCAAAAUAAAAGUCCAAACAGAUGGUUGUGACGUCACAGGCGGCGAUUCAAUGUCGUCAUCCGCUUUGUUGCUUCGAUGUCGUCAAUCACCUCCUUUGUCCGUGUCACAACCUCGCUCACGUGCCUCCUGCUCUCGCGCGCUUCGUCCUGUUGAUUCCCGCGCUGCACGCGACAACAACAUCGACAUCAGACACUCACAUCACGCGCACACCUUGACUUACCCUUGCUGUUUCCGCGCGUGUGUGCUCGUGCCAAAUGACCCGAUGAUGCUCGCGAGCUCGAUCGCGCCUGUCCUUGAUGCUCACGCGCGGUCCCGAGGCGGAGGACAAGACCGGAGGCGGGAGGACGCGCGCACGGCAACGCGCAUGCGCACACACAUUCAACAGCUGUGCCUAAUGUUGUGACCGUGACGAUGUACGUCAUAAAUGUUCAUACAUGCUCUGUUACCGUGGCAACCGGGACGAUGGUCGCCACGGUGACAAGCCUCGAGCUCGUCCACCUCGUGACGUCAUUGACGUUACCUGCUCAAAUGUCUGGCAAAGAUGGUGCGGGCGGCGAGAUUUCACCUGUCACGUGACCUGGCACAGAUUUUUAACACGGCUGUGACUUGUGAGGGUGGGCGUGCCCCGCGUGACGUCAUCACGCCAGAGUCAAGCGUGACCUCAAUGUCACGCCGUCUUCUCAUUCAGGCCAGAGUCCGCACACGCGCACACGCGCGUGUCAGGGUGGGGGAGGAUGGAGUCGGGGCUGUUCCGGUCUAAAAUCAACAAAUCAAAGUCAACAAGAAAACAGCAAAUACAGAAGAAGAAAAGACCGACGCUAUUAGCAUGACGUGUUGUCUUCCCUCCAUAAACUAGUCAGUCUGAUGACGUAGCUGACAUGUUUAUCACGUGACGCCUGCCAAAGUGACCCACUGCGGUGUCUUUAUUCUCCCGGCCGCCAGGGGGCGACAGGGACUCACGACUCUACUCGCCCUGUUAGCAUUAGCUUCAGCCGGCCGAUGCGGUGAGCUAACGUCAUGUUUGGUGGAGCUAAUAUCUACCGUUUAGGUACAAUUGACCGGUUCAACUUGCCGUAAUCGUCAGCUAUUGGGACGCUGGGGGCUGCUUGUGUUCGGGCCUGGUGGUAAGGGUGGUGACGAUGAGAAGGAAAAGCAGUAUUGCUGUAAAAGGAAGGCCUUGACAACAACAACAACAACAACAACAACAACACUAGCGGACUGCUUGCUACGUUGUGGCGGCGAAGGACGAUGGGCAAGAAAACAAACAGAGGCGAGGAGGCUGCGGGGCCAACCAAUGGAGGCGAGCCCUCUGGGUCACGUGACCAAGCAGGAAGCGAACGUGCCUCUGCGGAUGGACUUCGCCCUUCCGGCCACCAGGGGGCAGCAGAGGUCUGCGCCGCCAACAGGACCGCCGAGCUCCACACGGCGGGGUCACUAAAGGUCACCAUCCAGCAGAGCAGCGACUGUCGGGAGGUCGCACGCGGGGCCAAAAUGGACGACAGGCUCCUCUGUCACGUGUGCGGUGUCACCUGUUCCUCGCUGCAGGUGUUUGAGGUGCACAUGACGGGACCAGAUCACAUGACCAAAGUGAAGGCCAUGACGCGCUCCAUCAGUGUCGGCGCACACACCAUCCUGGCAAGGAGGCGUCGCUGGUGCGACACGUGUCAGACCAACUUCACCGGCGACAUCGUCCUCCACCGACGCAGCGGACCACACAAGGCGUGUAAGCGGGACUCGCGGCCCUUCUGUGCGGCGUGCACGCGCCACUUCAAGUCCCCCAGGAAGUUGGUGGAGCACAUGAAGUCUGCAAAGCACAAACGCGCACCAGGAGGAGGAGCUCAUUACUGUGGACGCCAUCGGCUGCUUCGAGGAGGAAGUGAAGCAGGAAGCCAACGUGGAAGUCAUGUGACUGGCAGAGUGGCGCACCCUGUGCUGGGACGGCCCGCCUCCUCCCUGCCGCUGAGUCAUGUGACCUGUGUCGAUGGCCAGGGCUGAUGCUUCCUAGCUAACGCGGCUUGCAGCGGGUCACAUGACAGGAAGCUUAGGGCGGCCAUGAGUGCGUGUGAUGAUCGUACCUGCUGAUGAUGUUUACAGUAAAGAGGAUAAAAUACAUGGCUACUCUUUAUACUGCACUUAUUAACAUUAGAGCCCUCUAGACAUGAAGUAGCACCCCUACAGUCGCCUGUGACGUGAUUAGAGCUAUUUUGUGUAAUAAGAGAAACUAGCACCUUCUACAUCCUUGCUAGUGAAGGCGUCCAUGACGGGUCACAUGACUGCUGUGUAGUGUUCAGUGUGAGAUGGUGUUACAGCGGGCGUCCAGCAGGGGGAGCUGCCCCCCCCCCCGCCCCCCCAUCCCUGUGGUAAAGAUGCUGAGUCCUGGCCACCUUUCUGCUUUAAGAAAGAAGCAAGAAUGACCUUUGACCCUCAAGCUGCAGCAUCACACACGUUCAGAGUCUGUGCAUGCAGGGUCCGAGGUCCCAUGUGACCUUUGACACCAGGUGGCGUGUUAGCAUUAGCAGUGUAUGAUGUUUUGAUGUUUCAAAAUAAAAGUCUUGAUAAGUACA